GCCUGGCGAAUGUCGGGGAGCACUUACGCUGCUCUUUCGAGCCCGAAAUGGAGGAAAGGGAAUCGUUCAUGUCUCACGACUAUUUCGAAGUGACUCUCCAUUCCGAAAUGAGCGGAUAUCAAACCAGCGUGUCAAUGAAUUCUACAUUCCAACCCGCAAGUAACAUAAAACCAGAGGCUCCAAGCAAUUUGACUGUUGCCAGGAAUUCCAGCGGCUACCGGUUCACGUGGAGUAGUAAUUAUGAGAGCCAUCCGUACGAAUCAUUCGAAAAUAAUUUGCGUUACCAGCUGUUGUACCACAGGACUGGAUCCCCAGAUGAGGGAACUGUAGUCCAUCCUCUGGGGAAAACACAGCACAUUGAUGACGUCCAUCUAGAAACAGACACUCAGUACACUGCAGUUGUGUCAUCUCACCCGGGUCCAGGUUACCGAGGGCAGUGGAGUGAGUGGAGCCCCCCGGUGCACUGGAGGACAAAGGCCAUCCCAAUGAGAGGGUUGGGAGCGCUCAGGUUUCUCUGGAAUGUAGCCUUGCCCGUGUGUGUCGUAGUCGGGAUCCUGCUCUGUUUCGUCUUCACUCCGACUGCCAGGUUAAAGGUAAAAGUCUGGCCCGUGAUCCCCACGCCUGCUCCAUAUUUUCAGCCUCUCUUCAAGAGCUACAGCGGAAAUUUCCGGAGCUGGCUGCUGUCCCAGGGCGGUCCGGGGGAGCCGCUCAAAGCGGAGGAGGCGGAGAAGAUCGAGACGGUGACGGAGGCGUGGCCCCUGAGGGGGGAGGAGACCCGCCCGCCGAGCCCCGCCUGGCGCCCCGCGCCGUCCCCCGCUCCCUACGUCACCGCCGGCAACGAGGUCUGGUGCGCGGGUGGCCCCGCCCCCUGCCCCGCCCAAGGGGACCGCCCCGACACGCCCCUCUCCGUGUCCCUGAUCGAGGUCGGCCUGGCGGAGAUCUUCGGCUCUCGGUCGCUGGGCCUGGUGUUGGCCGGUGAAGGGGAAUGGGAGUCCGAGGACCCCACGCCCGGCCUGGACUGGGAGCUCGAGAACCUCAUGCCCAACCUCGACUGGGGGCCCCAGAACCCCACUCCUGACCUGGAUGGGGAGCCCAAAAACCCCAUACUUAGCCUGGACGGCUGCUGGCCCCGGGAACCUCUGACCGCCCUGCCCAAGGGACUGUGUGCCCACCAGGACUACUGCACCCUCUCUGGCCCCCACAACGAGCUCGUCCCCGGGGCCGCGCUCAGACCCACCGGCACCGGGGUGGACAAGGACCAUGGCUCAGGGAGCUCCCACAAUGCACUUGGCCCUCAAGCAGAGCUGGACGAUGUCGAGAGCUGACGACAGUUGUUCCCGACUGUGUGUGUUUGUGAGUGUGUGUGCGUGGGUGUGAGUGGCUGGGAGUGUGU